AUGAUCCAUGAUGGCCAACCUUCAUCCAUAUUCCAAAAGGUUGCUGGACCUGGUCUUGAUGCCCCCAUUGGUACCAUCCUUCCUGCUUUACUCACUGCAAUGGGCUAUACUGAUAUGGUUCAAAGUCUCGCCAAGAAAGCAGCAGAAACUGUUGUCACUGUAAUUGACGAGGAAGGUAUCAAGUCUUUGCUGUCGGGGCUUCUCAAAGGAGUUGGAGAUAUUCAGGCGUCAGUCAGACAAAGUUCUGCAUACUUUAUUGGAUAUUUAUUCAAAACCAGUGAUCUAUAUCUUGUUGUUGAGGCUCCAAAUGUGAUAUCCACCCUGAUUAUUUUACUAAGUGAUUCAGAUUCAGUUACCGUGACGGUUGCUUGGGAAGCGUUGUCUAGUGUGAUAAGUUCAGUUCCUGAAGAAGUUCUUCCUUCAUAUAUAAAGUUGGUUCGUGAUGUAUAGAAACAUGCCGGGAGGACCAGUUCUAAUACCUGGUUUUUGCCUCUGGAAAGCUCUUCAACCUGUGCUUCCUAUUUUCCUCCAGGUAUUCCUGCUUAUCUUUUGUUUGUGAACUUAAUGUUUACAUUGAAAGAAUCUCUUCAUUUGUAUACCAAAUUUUCUAAUAUUUAAUAAUUA